UACUGGCUGCUAUGCACGGACCCAGGCACUGGCUAAGACUUCUCAUACAUUAUCUCAUCUAAGGCUCUCAGCAAACUGCAGGCUACAGUUACUCUUGUUGCUCAGCAAGGAGGCUGGGCCUCAGAGAGGCUGGUGGCUUUCCCAGGUUCCCGCAGCCUGGCCCUGAGUGGUAGAGCCAGGAUUCAGACCUUGUUGGUCAAGCCAGAGCCCAGGCUUCUCACUGGGGGGCAGAAAUGUGCCCCAUUCACCUCAGAUGCCCCACGUCUGGUGCAGGCUCUGAGCAGAGGAGCUUAGGAAAUCAGCGUUGGGCUGAACUGAACCAAAUAAGUCUCUUAAGGAAACAGGCCCUGCUUCCUGCUGGACAUGCAGCCCUGGAGGGCAUUUCUUCAGCCUAGCUCAGGGCUUGGCACAUAGGGAUGUUCAAGCAAGGUUUGGGGAUCAGGAAGGAAUGAACAUUUAAUAUUCUUGGCCAGAAUUUACACCGUGGUCCUGGUCUGUGGUUGCAUUAGGAGUUGUACAAUGUGAUUUCCCAUUCUGUUAUUCCUGCUGCAUUCUUCCAUGAAAAAGGCUUUUCCUUCAUCAGCAGUCCACUCCAACGUCCUUUGCUCGCCCUCUGAACUAGUCUAAGCAUGUCUGAAGGAUGCUUAGAGGCUUCUUUCAGCUCCCCUUAUGAGUGGGGGAUGAGAAAAACCUGUAACAAGCACCCAUUAUGUGCUUUAGCAUACGUUAUCACAUUUCAUUUCCACAAUAGCCCUAUAGGCAGGGCCAAAUGGCCCCAUUGGACAGAUGAGUAAGACUGAGACCCAGGGGAUUUAGAUGAUUUGUUAGAGGCUGACCGGGAAUGGAUUCCAGAUCUACCUAGCCCCCAAACUCAUGCCCUUUCUCCAUCAACAAAUCCCCUUCCAGCCCCAGUUUGCUUCCCUUCCUGAUGCAGUGUGGCCAGUGCAGAUCUCAGAACGUGUAAACCUGGUGACACUAGAUCUGUCACCUUAGGGUGGAGUGAAGGGAGAACCUGGGGAUCAGCUUACUAAUUCAAGGGGCCAAUGAAUUAUUCAUACCACCAUUAACUUGGGGGCCCUUUCAGCCUCACCUCUCUUUCCCCUGCUUGAGACCCUCAGAUUCUGGCCUGCUUGGAGCUCUGCAAGGGCUCCCCCAGUGAGGAGAUGCUGGCACAACUGGGGUCCUCCUGUCUGCUGCUGGCAGUGGCACUGCUGGGCCCAGGCCCCAGGGCCCGAGCUAUGAAAGGUGUCAAAUGUGGGGGCGUGCUGUCAGCACCUUCUGGAAACUUCUCCAGCCCCAACUUCCCCAGGCUCUACCCUUACAACACGGAGUGUAGCUGGCUGAUUGUGGUGGCUGAGGGCUCGUCUGUCCUGCUUACCUUCCAUACCUUUGACCUGGAGUACCAUGAUACCUGUGGCUUCGACUUCCUGGAGAUCUACAAUGGGGCCUCAGGAGACAAGGGCAACCUGCUGGGGAGGUUCUGCGGCCAGGUGCCUCCACCAUCCUUCGCCUCCUCCUGGCAUGUCAUGUCUGUCAUCUUCCACUCAGAUAAGCAUGUGGCCAGCCGUGGCUUUUCUGCAGGCUACCAAAAAGAUGUGUGUGGUGGUGUCCUGACGGGCCUGUCGGGAGUCCUCACCAGUCCCGAGUACCCCAACAACUACCCCAACAAUGUGGAGUGCCGCUGGGUGAUCCGGGCCGUUGGCCCCGCCACUGUGAAGCUGGUGUUCGUGGACUUCCAGGUGGAGGGCAAUGAGGAGUGCACCUAUGACUAUGUGGCUGUGCUUGGGGGGCUUGGCCCUGCCCGUGGGCAACACUACUGUGGCAGCACCAGGCCCCCCACCCUUGUGUCACUGGGCCACGAGCUGCAGGUGGCCUUCAAGUCUGACUUCAACAUCGGAGGCCGGGGCUUCAAAGCCUACUACUUCUCAGGAGAAUGCCAGGAGGUGUACAUGGCUGUGCGGGGCAACUUCUCCAGCCCACAGUACCCCAGCUCCUACCCCAACAACAUCCGGUGCCACUGGACCAUCCGCCUGCCUCCUGGCUACCGGGUCAAGGUGUUCUUCCUGGACCUGGAGCUGGAAGGGCCCAACAGCCUGACGAAGACCUGUGAUUUUGACCAUCUGGCGGCCUUCGAUGGGGCCAGCGAGGAGGCGCCCCUGCUGGGGAAUUGGUGUGGCCACCACUUGCCACCACCAGUCACCUCAAGCCACAGCCAGCUCCUGCUUCUGCUGCACACAGACCGUAGCAUCACCCACAGGGGCUUCUCGGUGGCCUACAUUGGAGUUGUGCCCAUGAAUGUGAGCUGCUCCCGCAUGGACUUCCAGAUCCUGAUCUCCACGCAGGCGCUGGCCCCACUGGGGCGGACCCAGGUCUACCUGGGCAGCAGGCGUUGUGCUGCCCAGGAAGUCGGCAGCACCUUUCGGAUCCAGGCCCGCUUUGACACCUGUGGCACUGAGUCUCAGAGAAAGAACAACACUUCAGUGAUUGUCAGCGUGCUGUACAUCGACUUCUCAGCUGAUGGGCAGGAGGACAUCCAUGAGUACGAGGUCCGCUGUGAGCCGCGGCGCAAGGAGGCGUCUGUCCACCUGCUGUCUGGCUCGGACUGGCUUGGGCCCUAUGCUGCCACGGCUGAGCACCUUCAGGAAGCACCGCCCAGGGACAAGGCGGAGGCCCUGGAGGGUCCUGUGGCCAUGGUAGCCCAGGACACCAGUGACAUUGUCUUCCUGGGCCUUUGCAUCCUGGCCGGAGUCCUCAUGGUCGCUGCCAUCGUGGUCCUGAUGCUGUUGUGAGCAGGAGCAGGCAGCGUCGGGACCUGGCAGCUGGCAUCCCUGGGAGGCAGUUGGGGACUCGAUAACAGGGGCGGGACCAGGCUUUGUUAACUUGUUGAUGACCAUGGGCAAGGCAUUGUCCCUUAGUUGAGCCUCAGCUUCCUAGGGCCCCUCACUCUGCCAUGCUUAUCUCGAAGGGCCGGUGUGAGGCUUAGAGAGGAACAUGGAUGGGUAAGAGCUUUGUAAACUAUAGCAUGCCAUAUACAUGUAUGCAAUUGUUGUUAUUAAUUUUAAAGAUAUAAGAGAACUGUGUGUGUUACUGUCACUAGUGACAGAGUGGAUAAACCUGACUCGUCUAACUUGUAAGAGUGCUUCACCAGCUCAGGGUACAAAUAGGGCCCCUCUUAUUUUUCCAACCUAUUGCUCACCCUGAGCCUUCAUUAUCAGGAAGCUGAGUCUUCAUCCAGGGGCCUCCAUUUUCCUGAACUGACCCAAGAACUCUGAGGACUUCGUCUAAAGCAGCCCAGUGCUGCUUCCAAACUCUGGAACAGAGAAAGGGAGCCAAAACCCCAUCUAGUGCUGUCAUUUCGGGCUUUGCCACAUGGUGUCGCUGUUGAAGACUGGUGGCAUGCAUCCCGGUGAAUGCCUGCCCACGGAGGUGGCGAUGCCCUGCUGGGUCAGACCCCUGUAUAAACCACAGGCAGACCCACCCUCUGCUCAGUCGUGAGGCUGAAGGCAGAAGACUGGUGUCUUUUUCAUGUUGGAGUUUUUCCUUAAAUGUCUUUUGAUCCUUGACUGAAAAGCUGAUUGAAGUCCCAUGUGUUUCUGUCCUCCUGACCCUUGAUGUUGAACUUAGAUCAGCAGCCCACCCUUCCCCUUCAGACGAGUUCUCUAUGGAGCCCUCUGGACCUUUUCCUGCCAUUGAAUUUCACUCAGAGCUACUCCAGUCUACUCAGAGAUACUCCCGUCCACCCCCAUGUUUCUAAGUUCCCAUCACAGGGAGCAGGGGCUGGGUUCCCAAAGCUGCCCUGUGAGAAGACCUCUGGCAUCCUUCCGCGAAUAGUCCAUCCCUCCCAAGACCCCCACAAUACCAAGAAGUGGAGCAAUUUCGUUAA